CCCUCAAAUCUCUAUUCCCGGCAAACCGAUUCAUCACCGCUCAAAUAAAACCCUUCCACUCUUCUUCCUCCUCCUCCUCCUCCUUCCCUUUCUUCCCCCUGAACUUUCCCCCCAAAUUUCCAUUCCCCAAAACACAACCUUAAUCAACACAAAAGAAGAAAUAGGGGAAUCAAAAUAUAAACACGAAAAAGAAAAUUUGAAGACACGAAUUCAAGGGGGGAAAAUGUACAGAAGGAAGUAGGGGGGAAAUUGAAACACAAACGCAAUGACAACUCAAAUCAACAAUCUUCCCUCUUAACGUAAAUGGCAUCCUCGAGGUCGAAAGAUAAAUCAUCAUCAGAGUCGCCGUCUCCCGCCACUGCUCGUCCGCCGUCAAACCAAAGGAAUGCUCGCCGCACCUCGGCCAACCUCUCCCGUGACGACGACCUAGACAUGUCCGGAGAAUCAUCCCAUUCCGGCGGCCACACCAACUACACCGUCAUGAUGCCCCCCACACCCGACAACCAACCGGGAUCCAAACUCGACGACAAACCUGACGGCCCAAGCCCACAUGGGGGCUCUCGCUUUGGGACCCGACCCGCACCCGGAGGAGCCAAGAUGGAUCGGCGAAUGUCGAUCAUGACGUCCACCAACAACAAUAAAUCCAUGCUGCUAAGAACCCAGACCGGCGAUUUUGACCACAACAGGUGGCUUUUCGAGACUAAAGGGACGUAUGGCGUAGGGAAUGCGUAUUGGACUGACGACCAUUAUGGACCCGAUCUCGGGCUCAGUAUGUCGGAUUUCAUGGAUAAGCCCUGGAAGCCUUUGAGCAGGAAGGUCAAAGUCCCCCCGGGCACUCUCAGCCCAUACCGGUUACUGAUCGUGAUCCGGUUGGUGGUCCUGUUCUUCUUCUUGGGAUGGCGUCUCCAGAAUCCCAACAGGGAAGCCAUGUGGUUGUGGGGCGUUUCUGUUGUGUGCGAGCUCUGGUUCGCCUUCUCUUGGCUUCUCGAUAUUCUCCCUAAAUUCAACCCCAUCAAUCGAGCCACCGACCUUGCCGCUUUGAAGGACAAGUUUGAACAGCCAUCCCCGUCUAACCCUUCCGGCCGGUCCGACCUACCCGGAGUCGAUGUCUUCGUUUCCACCGCUGAUCCAGAUAAGGAACCGCCCUUGGUCACUGCCAAUACCAUGCUCUCCAUUCUUGCGGCCGAGUACCCGAUCGAGAAGCUCGCCGCCUACAUCUCCGACGACGGUGGUGCCAUUUUCAACUUCGAAGCUAUGGCUGAAGCUGUUCGCUUUGCUGAGAUAUGGGUUCCCUUUUGUCGUAAGCACAACAUAGAACCAAGAAAUCCAGACAGCUACUUCAGCCAGAAAACAGACCCAACGAAGAACAAGAAGUUGCACGAUUUCGUAAGAGAUCGACGGUGGAUUAAGAGGGAAUACGAUGAGUUCAAAGUACGAAUCAACGGCCUCCCUGAGGUGAUUCGUAAGCGAUGUGAUGCACUGAAUAGGAGGGAAGAGAGAAAGGAGAAGGCCAUAGCCAGGGAGAAGAACGGCGGCACGCUCCCACAGGAAGGGGUGACGGUCCAAAAAGCAACGUGGAUGGCUGACGGGACUCAUUGGCCGGGGACAUGGUGGCAGUCAGCUCCAGAUCAUGCCAAAGGUGAUCAUGCUGGGAUUGUUCAAGUGAUGAGCAGGGUCCCCGAGCCGGAACCGGUGAUGGGAGGACCGGAUGAGAAUAGGAUAGAUUUCACCGGAGUUGACAUCAGGAUCCCGAUGUUUGUCUAUGUCUCGCGUGAGAAGAGGCCUGGCUAUGACCAUAACAAAAAGGCUGGAGCCAUGAAUGCCAUGGUUCGGGCCUCGGCUAUACUAUCGAAUGGACCCUUCAUUCUGAAUUUGGAUUGUGAUCAUUAUUUCUAUAACUCCCUCGCGAUCAGAGAAGGGAUGUGCUUUAUGAUGGAUCGUGGCGGUGACAGAAUAUGUUACGUACAAUUUCCUCAGAGAUUUGAAGGCAUUGAUCCUUCUGAUCGAUAUGCCAAUCACAACACAGUCUUCUUUGAUGGAAGCAUGCGCGCACUUGAUGGUCAACAAGGUCCAGUAUACGUGGGAACCGGGUGCAUGUUCCGAAGAUACGCACUGUACGGGUUCCUGCCGCCAAGAGCCAACGAGUACCUCGGAGUAUUUGGUCGAAUAAAAAGCAGAGCUCCUAGUGCUCCGACACACUUGGAAGAUUCAGAAUCACACCCACUGACCUCAGACCACCCUGACCUCAACCUCCCCAAAGGAUUUGGGAACUCACAAAUGUUCAACGAGUCCAUAGCCGUGGCGGAGUACCAAGGCCGCCCCCUCGCCGAUCACAUCUCCAUCAAGAACGGCAGGCCUCCAGGCGCAUUGCUGGCCCCUCGCCCGCCUCUCGACGCCCCAACGGUGGCCGAGGCAGUUGCCGUCAUCGCUUGCUGGUACGAGGACAACUCGGAGUGGGGUGAUAAGAUAGGGUGGAUCUACGGAUCGGUGACGGAGGACGUGGUGACGGGCUACAGAAUGCACAACAGAGGGUGGCGGUCCGUCUACUGCGUCACAAAGCGCGAUGCCUUCCGUGGCACGGCACCGAUCAAUCUCACGGACAGGCUCCACCAGGUGCUCCGGUGGGCGACCGGGUCGAUCGAGAUCUUCUUCUCCAAAAACAACCCACUGCUGGCGAGCAGGAGGCUCAAAUUCCUGCAAAGAAUCGCCUACCUCAACGUCGGAUUCUACCCUUUCACGUCAGUGAUCUUGGUGAUCUACUGCUUCCUCCCUGCCUGGUGCCUCUUCACCGGCAGCUUCAUCGUCCAGUCACUCAACGUUGCAUUCCUCUGCUACCUCCUUGUUAUCACGGUCACACUAAUGCUUCUCUCCCUCCUGGAAGUCAAGUGGUCGGGGAUCGAGCUGGAGGAGCUGUGGAGGAACGAGCAGUUUUGGGUCAUCGGCGGGACCAGCGCCCAUCUCGCUGCUGUGAUUCAGGGCCUUCUCAAAGUCAUAGCCGGGAUAGAGAUCUCCUUCACGCUGACCUCGAAAUCGUCGGGGGAGGACGAGGAGGACAUUUAUGCUGAUCUCUACGUGGUGAAAUGGACCAGUCUGUUCAUAGUGCCCCUUACCAUCAUCGUGGUGAACAUCAUUGCAGCCGUGAUCGGCGUGUCGAGGACCUUGUACAGCGUGAUACCUCAGUGGGGGAAGCUCUUUGGAGGACUCUUCUUCAGCUUCUGGGUCAUUGCUCACAUGUACCCUUUCAUCAAAGGGUUGCUUGGAAGGAGAGGAAGGGUGCCGACGAUUGUGUACGUGUGGUCAGGUAUCCUUUCCACGACACUGUCUUUGCUCUGGUUAUCAAUCAGCCCUCCCAGUGAUAGCACCUCCACUGGAAGUAUUACCAUAUAACCAAUUGGCUGUCCAUGGAGAAACACUGUACACAAAGAAAAAUUAUUGUAGAUCGAUACUCCUAGAUUCUUCUUCCCCGGCCGCGGUGUUAGCACGACAAGGGAUCUUUCUUUUUGACCUUUCCUCCACCUCUUUCGGUGGCUGUCAAUAUAUUGUUUCAUGGACAUACUGUAACAGAUGUACAAUCAAUGCAUA